AUGGCUUCUGCCCGUCAACUUCCCGUUGAUAUGUCCCUUCUACGUCUACAAGAUAAACACAUUGUCAAGUCAAUUUGGGAAGGCAACGAACGAGUUAUUUGCCCUCGAAGACAUGCAAUUUGGAUAGCAAAGCAUGUUAACGAACUUGAUGAAAGAAUCAUGAAUAUUUUACACGCAGCAGGGUUUAUCCAUAUUUUGAAAGCAUCAACAAUGGAAAUAAAUCACCACCUAGUGACUGCUUUGGUUGAGAGGUGGAGAGUCGAGACUCAUACUUUCCACUUGCCUCUUGGUGAAAGUACUAUAACAUUGGAAGACGUUGCAUUACAACUAGGGCUUCCCAUUGAAGGACAUGUGGUCACUGGCAUUAGUAGUGGUCCUCUAACAGUGUUUUGUCAUCAACUACUAGGAGAUGUUCCUCCUGAGAACAAUGUCAGGGGUAACAGAAUAAAGUUGUCUUGGCUGAAUAACACUUUUCGCCAUUUGCCUCAUGAUGUCACCGAUCAGGUUAUUGAACAAUACGCUAGAGCGUAUAUGUUGAUGAUAAUUGGCAACAUCAUGAUGCCAGACACAUCUGCAAGCAUGGUGCAUUUGAUGUAUCUUCCCCUUUUGGCGGACCUGCAGAACGUUUCACAGUAUAGCUGGGGAUCCGCAAUGCUUUCCUGCUUGUAUCGUGCCCUUGAUCAUGGCACUAGGGCUGACCAAGAGAAUAUCGGAGGGUGCAUGAUCUUGUUACAAUGCUGGGCAUGGGAACGAAUAACAUGUAUUUCACCACAAUUACUUGAAGUCACAGAAGACGACAUAUCUUCUGGUGCAGUUUUUCCACUGGUUUAA